UAAAAGGAUAGCACUUUGGUUCUCAUCAUGACCAAAGUAAUUAAAAGACUUCACAGAUCAAAUCUAAGGGUUCCAAAAAACACAUUCAAAAAUGGGUUUGAUGACUAGAGCUGUUAUCUUGAUCGCUAUGGUUGCAUGUCUCACAUCGGUUGCUCAUGCCAUUGCUGGCCAAGCAACCUUCUACACUCCUCCCUACGUUCCAUCGUCUUGUUUUGGCUUCGAAGACCGCGGUGUUAUGAUUCUAGCAGCAAACAGCGGUUUGUUUAACAACAGAGCCGCGUGUGGAACUAGGUACCGUGUAACUUGCACCAGUGGAACCAACGGAGGUGUUCCACAACCUUGCACUGGCAGGAGCGUUGAUGUUACAGUUGUUGAUCUUUGUCCCGGAUGUGCUUCAGAUCAAGUUGAUCUUUCCCAAGAGGCAUUCGCAGUGAUUGCCAAUACUGAUGCAGGGAGAAUUAACAUUGACUAUAACAGGAUCUAAGUAAAAAACAUGCAUGCAAGAUGCCAAUAAUAAACUCUUUUAUGAGUAUUCUUCAGAAUAAACAAGACUACAGGGCGUUGUAACCAUAUUUGUUACGUGAAUAAAAUGUUACUUUCUGUGCGAAUUUGAAACAUUGUUACGUGAAUAAAACGUUUUCUAUCCAUUACA